AUGCCCCACGCUACAAAUACCGAAUACAACCAUAUCGAGGUCAAGAAGCUUGCGCCGACGUUUGCAGCCGAGGUCACUGGCGUCGAUUUCUCGAAGCCCGUGGAGAAGGAGGUGUUUGAUGAAAUCCACCGGGCCAUCGUCGAUUAUGGAGUGCUUGUUUUCCGCAACGCCGGUCUUGAUGACGCACGCCAUGUCGCCUUCUCUGCCCUGUUCGGUGAGCUAGACGAUGUCAAGCCAUAUCUCAUUCUGGGUCGCAAGAAUAGAUUCCCUUUUGAUGAGUUGUUCGACGUCUCUAAUCAAGAGGACGACGGGUCGCUUGUUAAAAUCGGAAGUAAACGCCAUCAUUUGGGACUGGGCAACUCUAUAUUCCACGUGGAUUCGAGUUUCAACCCAAGGCGAGCCGGCUACAGUCUGCUUCGCGCCCAUCAAUUGCCUCCGAAGGGCCACGGCGGGAAUACCGACUUUGCCGAUACUAGAACCGCCUUCGACGAGUUGCCCGAGGAUCUGCGCAAAGACCUGCUAGAAAACGAGUACAUUGGAGCUCACAGCUUGAUGCAUUCCCGGAAGAAGGCCGCCCCUAAGGACAGCCCGUACCUCAAAGAUGUCAACCCAGAAGACUUUCCCUUCGGUCGCCAUGACGUGGUCCAGACGCACUGGCCCAGCGGUCGCAAAAAUCUCUAUAUCGCCAACCACAUGCAUCACCUGGAGUACAAGAAGCCGAAAUCGGCCGACUUCGUACCCACUCCAAAGCAACCGUUUGAACGGGUACCGGAACCCCAAGGAACGGAACUCAUCGAGAGACUGCUCGCCCACGCCUCUCAGCCCCAGUAUGCCCUGAGCGUCGAGUGGGAGAACGAAGGCGAUCUUGUCGUUUGGGAUAAUACUUGUGUCAUGCACAAGGCCGGUGAGGGGACUUUUAUGGAGAAAUAUGCACGCGAUAUGAGGAGGUGUACCGUGCACGAUGGCAGCAUGGAUGCUUGGGGACACAAUGAGAGGACGACCAAGAGGAUGGGGCUGCCAUGA